AAACAUAUCACUUUCAUUUUAACAUUCAACUUAAUAUAGUCAGGAUAAUAUACUUUAGAAACUUAAAUAUGUAAGCAUUUAUGGAUUUUAACAAUGGAUUUUUAUUAUAAUGAGUUACUAGUUUAUAUCCUAAGGUGAUGGCUUUUCUCAAUUGCAGCAUUCUGGAGACGUUAUACUGUACAGGGUGUUCACUCAGUCUGGGCUAUGUAUACAGGUGCACACCCAAGAAUCUGGACUAUAAGAGGGACUUGUUUUGCCUCAGUGUUGAAGCUGUUGAAAGUUAUAUUUUAGGGUCCUCUGAAAAUCAUAUUGUGCCAGAAGAUAAAGAGCUUUUUAAUCUUGAAAGCAGAGUUGAAAUAGAAAAGUCUUUAAAACAGAUGGAAGAUGUCUUGAAAGUAUUAGAAACGAAGCUAUGGGAGAUGGAAUCAAAAUUGUCCUUUACUGGUUGUAAGAGCUGAACUCUGUUCCCUGAUUUCCAUUCUGCCCUUCUUUAUUUGCUAAAUAAAAAAGAAUU